AUGGGGAGAAUAACGUUAACAAUAUUAUUAUGCUUCGUCGCUCACGCAUUAGGAAGUAAUGAUGACAAAUUUAUCAAGAAAUAUGCUAUGAUGAAGAUUUACGAGAGUUGUUUCGGAGCAGAAGUCGUAAAACAAAUAAGGCGGGAAAUGAAAGAGGCAUAUGCGAAAUGCUCAUCACCGCCAUCUUUUGAGGAAACUCCGAACCAGCAAAUACCAUCCAUUUUGUUCGGCAAACUGCCGCCAGGGUUCGCAAUAGACCCCAACACGCAAACAAUCACCAAGCCCUCACCAGAUGGCGCUGGGCAAAAUCAAGAAAAUGAAUUGCCGAAUCAUGAGAAAUUGCACGUCCAAAAAAUUCCACUUAGCCAACUUCUACCCUUAAGAUCUCAGCCGCCAUUCCAGUCCCAACCAAUACCUCCAUACAUGAUGCCAACAAACCCGCAAUUCAGACCGUUCAGUUCAGCGUCACCGUUCUAUCAGUUCCCGUACCCCAUGCCACCAUAUCAGUACCCUGGACAGUACAAUCCCUACUAUCAACCAAUGCAGCAGUUUUAUCAGCAGCCGCUCUACCCUUCUAACAGGAUGUCGCGAGACCUCGACCUCCGCGAUCGCCUUGACAUCAUAACACGUGGUCCCAACGCCGGCAAAGUCAGAAAUAUUACAUGCGUCAUGCAAGAACUGGGUUAUAUAGAUCAUAAUCUAGAACCUAACUAUGAACAGAUAACGCAGAGAAUUGCUAACCUUCCAGUUUCAAGUGACCUGAAGGGAGACAUUCAAGAUGGCCUCCAGUUCUGUCAAAAGUUUUCGCAAUGUGUUCCGGAUAUGAAGCGCGACGUGUCUCCGCUGUCCCAAGAGCUAAUCAAGCCGAUGUUCUUCUUCAGAUGUUAUAAGCACAAGAAACUAGAAGCCUGUAUCAUGAAAGAUAUUCGCGAUCGGUUUACGAGUGAAGACGAUUUGGAAACUGAUGGUGAUUUUAGAUCCCUCGGCAGAUCAGGUCGUGCGCUCAAGGACGAGCCAAUAAACGACCCCAGGUUCGAUGCCCUGGAUGAAAUGGCUGUUUACCUAUAUGACUAUUUAAGUGGGGGUAAUGGACUUGACUAUGAUCUAUAUUUGUAA